GAUAGUGAGGCACUGAUGUUUAUGACCAAGAAUGGUAACCGUAAGGAUGCUGGCAAAAGAAUUUUAUCACGCGCUGAGGGCUGGAUGCUAAGAAUGGACCACUUCUGCUUUGAUUUUCAACAUGUUUCUGGAAAAGACAAUAUUGCCGAUGCUCCAUCGAGGAUUGGAGCUAAGACGGAAAGUCCGGCGUUUGGAAACGAAAAGGAGUCCCAUGAACUGUUUUCAGUGACAGCGAGUACUAGUGACAUCAAUGACCAGUUGUUAGCGUUAACAAAUGCAGAAGUUAAGAAGGAAUUGCUGGUUGAUGAUGAGAUACAAACUGUCAUUAAGUGGUUGGAGAAGAAGGAAAAGUGGCCCGAAUGUAUUGCGAAGUAUCAGGCAUUCCAGAGCGAUUUAUAUUUGCAAGGAGAGGUAUUGAUGAAACGCGAAAAAAUGGUUUUGCCAUCAACAUUACGGAAUAGAGCGUUACGAUUGGCUCACCGAAGCCAUCCAGGCAUGUCCACCAUGAAAAAUUUCCUAAGGCAAGGGUUGUGGUGGCCAGGUAUGGACCGAGAGAUUGAAGAAUUUGUAAGAAGCUGCCCGGAGUGCCAACUUGUGACAGUAACAUCACGCCCUGUACCAAUUGAGAUGACAGAACUACCCCAGAACCCGUGGGAUUACGUAUCAAUGGAUUUUGCCUCUGCAUCCGACAUACUUAACUGGAAAGCUUUGGUAUUGACCGACAAUUAUUCACGUUUUCUUGUUGCCGUUCCGUUAGAUAAAACAGAUACGGAAGCCGUGAAAAAGAAUUUGAAAAGGAUCUUCAACACUUACUAUAUUCCGAAAACUUUGAAGGCUGACAAUGGCCCUCCUUUCAACAGCGCGGAUUUGAAAGCAUGGUUAAAUAAUGUAUGGGGAGUUCGGUUGAUUCAUAGCACUCCUUUAAAUCCGACGGAGAAUGGUCUUGUUGAGAGGAGCAUGCAGGGCAUCAAUAAGAUCACAGCGAUUGCUAAGCUUGGAAAGCUUAAUUGGAAGGAAGCCCUAUCCGAUUACGUGGCUGCGUACAAUUCGUGGCCUCAUCAUGUGACAAAGAUCCCUCCGGCUGAGUUGAUGUUUGGGAGAGCUGUGCGGAGUGUACUACCAAAUCGUCGUACAGAUCAGCGGCAGUCGUUCGAUGAAGAACUACGAGAUCGGGAUCAGAUGGCAAAGUUUAACCGUAAUUCAAGAGAGGACAGUAAUCGCAGAGCUCGGAGAACCGAAAUCGAAGUUGGAGACACCGUACUGGUAUCGCAACAAAAGCGGGAUAAAGCGGACACACCAUACAAAAAUGCGUUUCACAAAGUAGUUAAAUUCAAGGAGCUGGCCGAGCCACGAUCACGGAUGCUACAACUGAUAAAACAUACGAUCGUAACGUAAAGUUUUUGAAGAAGUACGUGGAACGCAAAACAAACAAACCAGUAGACAAUGCACCGCAGGAGAAGGAGCAGUCGAAGCUACAGACGAGUAACAUCCAUGGAACAACAGACGAACUGCGUAAUGGUACCAAACGUUCCACUCAGGGAGAUUUUCCAGAUGAUGAAGAGCCCAUUGGAAAACGCCGAAACACCCGGGAGAUCAGAAAACCCCAAAGAUUCCUUAAUGCGAUCAGACGUGCUUAUGAAUGAUAUAUGAAAUGUUUCUAUUUACAUUAUCGUUGAUGUGAGGGGAGGAUGUGGUAUCCUAGAUUUAGUGUGUAAGAAUGUUGGGACAGUAUGGAUUGGGACGGGCUGGAAAACAGUCGUAAUAAAGAGAGUGGUUGUUUUGAUAAUAUAAA